AUGUCAGCAUUUGAAGAAUUGGGGUUACAAAGCAAUUUAUGCGAAUUACUAGAAAAAAAUGGAAUAGAUUUACCAACUGCCAUUCAACAAGAAUCUAUUCCUUUAAUUUUAGGAGGAGGUGAUUUAUGUGCAUGUGCUGAAACAGGUACAGGAAAAACUUUAAGUUUUAUUAUUUCUUCUUUGCAAAUAGUACAUGAAUUAUUAAGAAAUAUAGGAAGUUAUGAAUCCAAUAACAAUAAUACAACUAGCAAUAUUUUAAAAAAUGAUAUAAAAGAAAAUACCUUGAUAAAAUCAUUAAAUAAUAACUCGAAAGUUGAAAUAAAUAAUUAUGAAUGUAUAUUCAAUAAUAAUCAUUCCAAUACGUUUGAAGAGGUUAAAGUAGAUUGUGAAAUAAAAAGUGGAAAAUAUGCAUUUGAAAUUGAAAUAUUAUCAAAAAGUUUUAUUAACGUUGGAUUUUCCCCAUUAGUUAAAGAAACAUUAAAAUAUAAUUAUACUUAUUGUAAUAAUGGAUGCAAAUAUACAAACAAUAGAUAUGAAAAUUAUGGCGAUCCUUUUACAACUAAUGAUAUAAUUACUUGUUUAAUAAAUAAAAAUUCCAAUAUUAUAUCAUUUAAAAAAAAUGGUAAAUUUUUAGGGAAUGCUUUCAAAAUAUUUUAUAAAUAUAAUGAAGUCCCGUUUUUUCCUUAUAUAUGUGGUAAAAAUUUUCAUAUAAAAUUUCAUUUUAAAAAUUUAAAAUAUAUAGACACUUUUUAUUUUAAUGAAUUAAAUGAUAUUUUAAGUAAUACCGAAAAUGAAAAUGACUUUAGAAAAAUAUAUUAUGACAAUUCUUUAGAUAAAUAUAAUGAAAAGGAAAAAGAAAAUAAAUAUAAUGUUACAAAUAAUGAUAAUCAGAAUAAUAUCUAUAAUUUCAAUAAAAAAAAAUUGUAUUGUAUAGUAUUAGUUCCUACAAAAGACUUAGCUAUGCAAACAUAUAAUAAUUAUUUAACAUAUUCAGAAUGUUUCAUUAAUCCUUCUAUAAAUAUUGGAUUAUUAGUUGGAGGAGAGAAUAAUACAAGAGAAAGAAACUUUAACUAUAAUAUAAUUGUUUGCACUUGUUUUAAAUUGAUGGAAUAUUUAAGAAAAAAUAUAAUUAAUGUUAAUGAUAUAAGGCUGUUAAUAUUAGAUGAAGCCGAUGAACUUAUAAAUAACGAUGAAAAAUCUAUUUUACAAAUAAAAGAUACUUGCAUGAAAUAUUCUCAACAUGUGCAAACUUUAUUUUUUUCUGCUACGUUACAAGAUAAAAGCGUUAUGAAUUGUAUAAAUAAAAUUACAAAUAAACCAAUUUUUGUUGAUUUAAAAUAUGGUAAAAAUAGUAUUCCUUCUCAUAUUUAUGUUUGCAUUUAUUAUGUAAAUAGCAAAAAUCUUAAUUUUUCUUAUGAGAAGGAAAACAAAGAAAUAUAUGAUAUAAUUAAUAACGAAAAACUCAAUAGUAUGAGUUAUGAAGAAUUGUAUGAAUAUACAGAUAAAGUUCAUAUACUAAAUACUAAAAGAAAUGAUAAGGAAAGCAUUUCUUUAAAUAUAAAAAUCAAUAAAUUAAAAAAAUUAAUUCAAAUAAUUAAUGUUUUUAAUAUGCAAAAUGGUAUUAUAUUUUGUAGAACAAAUUUAGAUUGUGACAAUGUAUAUAAUUUUUUAAAUUACGUAGGGGAUGGCAAAGCAUAUAAAGGAACAGUAGAGACACUCAAAGAAAAUAAGUAUUCAUGUGUUAUUUUAAAAGGAAAAAUGUCAAAUGAAGAAAGAAAAAAUAAUUUAAAUGCAUUUAAGAAAGGAGAAGUUCGUUUUUUAAUAUGUACUGAUGUAGCAGCAAGGGGUAUUGAUAUUCAAAAUAUGAGAUAUUUAAUUAUCAUGACUUUAUCAGAUAACAUUAAUACUUUUUUUCAUAAAAUUGGGAGAGUUGGAAGAGAUGGGAAGAAUAGUUUAUGUAUUUUAUUAUCCUCAGAAAAUGAAGAAGAAAAAGUAUGGUUUCAUGUAUGUCCAAGUAGGGGUGUUAAUUGUUAUAACAGAAAUUUGAAAGAGAAUAAAGGAUGUACUGUUUAUAUAAAUGAGAGUGAUUAUAUUAAAAGUAUAAACGAUCUAUUAGAAAGUCCAAUGCAUAUAUUAGAUUCUAAAUAUUUUUAUGCAGAAAAUAUAAUUGAUCCAUUAAAUUAUUUCAAAUUUCAUCCAACUACUAAUAAAGGUAGAAGAAACAAAAAUGAAAAUGUUAAUUCUAUAUUUUCAGAAGAAAUACAUAAAGAUGUGCUUAAUUAUUUUAAUUCUAAUAUCAGCAAUAUUAGAAAAUUACAAAGUGCUAUACAUUAUAAACAUUAUGAGUUAGUAAAUUUUAAAAUAUAA